AUGCAUCGUCAUAACAAGCAAUCCUCGCGCUUGUUGAUUCUACUCUCACUAACAACGUCCCAUUUGCUCCGCUUCUCGAUUCUUACAUCAGCGGCGCCGGCGGCGAGUCCGUCACGCGAUAAAGUGGCGACGCCGCCGCCGCCGCUGCCGGUCCUGCCGCUGCCGUCAGCCUCGCAGCUGAAAUGGCAGCAGAGGGAGCUGAUAAUGUUCCUCCACUUCGGCGUCAACACCUUCACCGACUCCGAAUGGGGCACCGGCCGCGAAUCCCCUUCCGUGUUCAACCCGGUCGGGCUUGACGCCGGCCAGUGGGUCAGCGCCGCCGCCGCCGCCGGUGUCUCCCUCGUGAUUCUGACAGCGAAGCACCACGACGGAUUCUGCUUGUGGCCUUCCAAAUACACCGACCACUCGGUGGCGUCGAGCCCGUGGAAGGGAGGGCGUGGGGAUGUGGUCGGAGAACUCGUCGGCGCCGCUGCGGGGGGCCAAAGCGGCGGCGGGGUCGACGUCGGGGUUUACCUUUCGCCGUGGGAUCGACAUGACCGGAGGUACGGUAAGACUUUGGAGUACAAUGAGUACUACUUGGCGCAAUUGCAGGAGCUCCUUACCAGGUACGGGAGUGUGAAGGAGAUAUGGUUCGACGGAGCAAAAGGUUCGAACGCGCCGAACAUGUCGUAUGACUUCACCGACUGGUUCGCCAUGGUAAAGGAGUUACAGAGCUCCGCGAAUAUCUUUUCCAACGCCGGCCCCGACGUCCGAUGGGUCGGCAACGAAAAUGGGUUCGCCGGAACCACUUGCUGGUCCACCAUCAACCGGACGGCGCUCUCCAUCGGAAACGGAAGCAACCUUGACUAUCUAAACACCGGAGACCCGGCAGGAACAGAUUGGGUGCCGGCAGAAUGCGACGUCUCCAUAAGAACAGGGUGGUUCUGGCACAAAUCACAAUCCCCCAAAAACAUCACCCAAUUGCUCGAAAUCUACUACCAUUCCGUCGGCCGGAACUGCCUGCUUCUCCUCAACGUUCCCCCGAAUACCACCGGACUCAUCCCCGAUUCCGACGUCGAGAGAUUACGAGAGUUCAGAACCGCAAUCGACACCAUCUUCUCCACCAACUUGGCCGAAGGAUGCUCUGUCAGAGCUAGCAGCAGCAGGGGAGGGAGAAAUAAUGGCGGGUUCGCGCCGGAGAAUGUGCUGGACAAGGACCAUUUGUGGACGUAUUGGGCACCCGACGGUAGAGAAGAAAGAGAUGGGUAUUACUGGAUUGAGAUUUCGAGUGGUGGGUCGUCGUUGAAAUUUAACGUGAUUAGAGUUCAGGAGGCGAUUGGUUUGGGGCAGAGGAUUAAACGUUAUGAGAUUCAUGUCGAUGGAGAGAAGAUUGCUAAUGGGACGACAAUUGGGUACAAAAGGCUUCAUAGGCUCAAAAGGGGAGUUGUUGGUGGGCGAAAUGUGAUGAUUAGGGUUUUGGAGUCUAGAAGUGUGCCAUUGAUAUCGUCUUUUGGCCUCCACUAUGACCCUUAUUACUGGCAUUCAAAGUGA